AUGGACGUAUUGUGGCUGCUGUUGACCACGUCAUUGGUGGGCUUCGCCACAUUGGUACAGAUUCUGAUAGGUUGUGGCAAGAAGGUAAGGUUUUGGAGGGGUUCUGGUUUGAUGUUGUGGUAGGAGACUUGGGGCUUGUUUGAUAGGUUUUUGAGCGGAUUUUGAAGUUUUUAGAAGGUUAACAUAACAAUAAUGAUGAAGAAGGACCUUGUGGUCAUACUGGUUUUUAAAAUUUUAAAAUUGACAAACUGGAAAGAAAGUUAUUGCGGUUUUGGUCAGACAUACUCUAAGAGCUUGAUUUUUUUGGAAUAGGCGUAAAGAAUGGGCUGAAAAUAAAGUUUUUGCAAUUUUUUUCACAAAUGUUUAAAUUUAAGGUGAUAGACUAAUGUUUUAGCUAUCUAAGCAGCUUAAAACUGUGGAUAUUGGUCUGACGUCCAAAAAGUUAUGGCAUUAUUCGUGAACCCACUUCUUUUUUUUGUUGUUACCUCCUUGGACGAAAAUGGUUUGUAAAGAAAGUUUUAGCAUGGAUUUUAAAACUUCUGAAGUCCACAGUGAUAGACUAUGGUUUUUGUUACCUAAUCAUUUAAAAAUUUUGAAAAUCGACCGGUAGUUACAAAAGUUAUGACGUUUUUAAUGGACCCAUUUCAGAAGAAAAAAGAAACUGCGAAAAGCGAGGCGAACGAUGAUGAAGAUGGUGGACCGGAAGAGAAGUCGGUGGCCAAAACUCCAAAGGCCGACGGAGGAGGCGCGAAACCACCUGCCGGAGGACCAGUACCAGGCGCACCAGCCGGUUCAGCCGCUCCACCUAACCCGAACGGACCAAAAGCACCAGCUCAGGGAGGAAUUGCCGGAACACACGAUCCUAAUUACCAGGUAAAAUUUGGGUUUUGUUACUUAAAAUACUGGAAAAUGGCUUUUUUGUUACCUAAAAUAUUAAAAAAUGGCUUUUUGUUACCUAAAAUACUGAAAAAUUGUGUUUUUGUUACCUAAAAUACUAAAAAAUGGUGUUUUUGUUACCUAAAAUACUAAAAAAUUGCCUGUUUGUUACCUAAAUUUUACUUUUUCAGACUUUGGCCGGUGUCGGCGGAGACUGCUUCCAAGACAAGGGCGGAGCAGCCGGCGGAGGCGGAGCAGCUCCAGCUGCUGGCGGCGGAGGACCAAAAGCUCCAGCUGCUGGUGGUAUUGCCGGAACUCACGACCCGAACUAUCAGACUUUGGCAGGCGUGGGUGGCGACUGUUUCGGCGCGGACAAGGCGGGAGGAGGCGGCGGGGGCGGUGGUGCAGGACCAAAAGCACCGGCUGCUGGUGGUAUCGCCGGUACUCAUGACCCCAACUAUCAGGUGGGGCAUGGUUUUUAUUUAUUUUAUGACUUCUGGGAGGGGGGGGUGGGGGUAGUUUUUGAUUUUUUUUACUUCGGGGUAGGGAAUGAGGGGGGGGAAGUUGGCUCAUGGGCUAAUUCAUGAAGUGUAUGGCAUGGGCAAUGAAGUAAAUUUAAAACUUUUCAGACCCUCGCCGGUGUGGGCGGAGAUUGUUUCGGCGCAGACAAGAAGGGCGCAGGUGGCGGUGGAGGCGGCGGUGGUGCAGGACCAAAAGCACCAGCCGCCGGUGGAGUGGCCGGUACCCACGACCCUAAUUACCAAAUCCUGGCUGGAGUUGGUGGAGACUGCUUUGGAGCCGACAAGAAGGGUGGAGGCGGUGGUGGUGGCGGUGGAGCAGGACCAAAAGCUCCAGCUAACCAAGCUGAUAAGGUAGGUUUUUGAGGAAAGUUUGGGGAAAAGUUGGUUGUAAAGAAAGUUUUUGCAAGAAUUUUUAAUUUUUUUACUUACUGUAGGGUAUUGGCUAUAUAAUCAUGGUAGAGUUUUGGAAAUUGGUCUACUUGUCAAAAAGUUAUAGCAGUUUUAAUGGACCCUACUUUUUUUGGGUUUUUUGUGGGUAAUAUGGGAUAAAAUGCUCUGUAAAGAAAGUUUUCGCUGAUUCCUUAAAAAUAUUUUUGAAGUUUAUGCUAAAGUAGUCUUUUAGGGAUCUAUUAAUUGUACAACUUCGAAAAUCGAUAGACAGGUCAAAAAGUUAUGGCAGUUUUAGUUGACCCUACCCAUUUUUCGGAAAAAUUUAAUUUUUCAAAUCUUAAACUCAGUUUCAAUACUAAAAACGAAUAGUACUAACGCUUUUAUGGCUUUCAGGCCGGUACUCAUGACCCUAACUACCAAACCCUGGCUGGCGUGGGCGGCGACUGCUUUGGCGCAGACAAGAAGGGCGGCGGUGGUGGAGGAGGUGGUGCUGGACCAAAAGCACCAACUAACCAACAAGCUAAGGUAAUUCUUUGUUUUUAUGGGUUGAUAAGGCAUUGGUUAGCUAUGAUAAGGCUUAAUAGCAUUUUUUGCACAAAAGUUGCCGAAGUUGCUGAAAAAAGUUGCGACAACUUUUUUUGAAUUUUUUAAUAAAAAUUGGUUGCGAUGUACUAUAUAUAAUAUUACUUUUACAUUUUUUCAGGCCGGUACCCACGAUCCCAACUACCAAACGUUGGCUGGAGUCGGCGGAGACUGUUUCGGCGCUGAUAAGAAGGGUGGGGGCGGCGGAGGUGGUGCCGCGCCGAAAGCACCUGCCAAUCAGCAAGCUAAGGUGAGUUAUAAAGGUUUUUGAAAUGUUUUUUUUAAUUUUAAAUUACAUUUUACAAAAUUCAGAAAAAGUUGCAGAAGUUGCCGACAAAAAGUUGCGGCAACUUUUUUCAAAGAAAAUUCAUUUUUUGGCUUAGAGAGCAUUUCUAAGCUUGUGUAACAUACUUCGAAGUAAUUUUAUGCAAAUGACAUGACUUUUUAGGUCGGAACCCACGAUCCGAACUAUCAAACCCUGGCCGGCAUGAAGGAGGAUUGCUUCAAGAAGAAGUAG